AUAGCCUAAAGUUAAAUGCAAGACCAUAAAGCUAGCAUCGGAUGACACAUGAAUGCCAUGUUGUAGGAACGUCAUUUAUUUUAUUGCUUAAUAAUUUUAUUGGGAAUUAACGUGAAGGGAAUUUUGCAUAAUUUGGUGGGUGCGUGUCGGAGAAAGACGACCUGGAGUCUUGAAACUGGUAUUGGUUGGGAGAUGGGGAGCAAGUGGAAUUAAUAUGGUCUCAAUAGCCAUGCAUCUCACUUUAUCUGCAAAAGGAAAUACAGUGGAACCUCUCUAUAAUGGACACCUCUAGUAAGGACACCCUCUAUAUCAAAGAUACUGCAUUUCCUCCCAAAUUGGUAAUUCCAAUUGAAAUAACUGGAAUGAGAGUACCCAUGGUUGGGACAUUGUCACCCAAAAGAGGAGUUCGCUUAUGGCACAUCUUUGAUCUCAAGUUUAAGUCCAAGAAUGUUCUUGGUAUAAAAUAAUUUUGGUACCGGUACUCAAAAAGUGACAGUUUGUAAUAAAGAUAAGAUAAUACAUAGGCCUGAUCAAUGACCUACAAACACCGAGUGACACUGCUCGGCCUAUGGUCUUGACGGGUAUUUUUUGUCCACAAGGAAGUACCUAACGGUAUCUUGAUACUAGGCUAAAUGUGCCGGAUAACUUGACCUGAAUAUUUUUUGAUUGCGCCAUGGGAUUUACCAGGAUGACAUGUAUAUAAGAGACGUAUUUCUGAUUGAGUAGAAUUAUUUGGCUGUCAUCUCGGAGGGUUUCGCUGUCAGUUGAGUUGGAUAUGUAAUGAGAAGGACGACCGCAAGACCAUUUGAGAUAUAAGAAUUCGGAAGAGCGAAAACAAGAAUCAAAGGAGUGAGACGGACGUGACUGACGAGACCAGCUCCGGUAGAGGCCAACGCUUCAAGCAUGGCAACCUCUAUCCAAAAGUGCAACAAAUGUGAUCGGGCUCGCACCGGCACAUACCUUAUACAAAAAUGUGGUCACACCAUCUGCAAAGAGUGCCUUCCGAAUGCUGAAUUAGGUUCUUUUCUUAAAUGUCAAAGAAAGGUAUUCUCUGUGUCUAACCCGGACCAUAGCAUUUAUCGGUAUGCGCAGUACUUUCCUUCUACCCACGAAGAUGGCUCCCCAAGACAUGCAGAUCGGUCAUCGGAGCCCCCGGAACUCGUGAACCCGACCCCCGGAGAUUGCCCCGUUUGCCAACAGAGGAUCUUGUGCGAGAAUAUGACACUCAACGUCAACCUUGUAACAUUUCAUGAGUUCGACUGGAUAAAGCAAGUGCAUGAAAGAUUAGGCCCGAAGACCUGUGCCGAAUGUCCAGAAGGUCAGGUACAAGAGGGGAAGUAUCACUGCCUAAAAUGUGAUCGCAUCCUCUGCGAAAAGUGCCAGCGUGUCCACCACCCGGAUGGAGGCCAUCACCCGCUUCCCUUAGAUGACAUCGCGAACCGAAAUUUGCCGUUUAACAUUAACUUAAACAGAGGCUUCGACCCGCUGUAUUGUGGGUUGCAUCCUAAUCAGAAGCUCUCGCACUUCUGCAAGGGCUGCUCAAAACCAGUGUGUCGCCUGUGUUUACAAUUUCAUGAACAGGAAGGUCACGAGCUCAUCAUGCUCGAUGAAGGGCUGGUAGAGAUGCAAAAAUACGUCAAGGAUAAUCUAGAAAAAGUCCAUCAAUACAAGAACAUGAUUAGCGUCGAGAAAGAUAAAUUUCAACGCUGUGAAAUCGCCAAGUACAUCGCGGAAUUAAAGCACCUCCCAGAGAUGAUAGCAGCCUGUCUGAAGCCUGAUAUUGACGCAGCCAUUGACGAACUAUCCCGAUUCAAGAUGAUAGCCGUGAACCAUGAAUCCAAGUACAACGCAGAUAUCGCAAAAGACGAGAUCGGAAACUUGUUGGCGCUGGAAAAGACCCACGAAAUCAUGCACAGGGGGAAAGAAAAGAAUGUUUGCAGUCAUGAGGAACGGCUCAUCCGACUUUAUAGCUUCUUGAAAUCCAAUGAAAUGUCUGUGGAAGGGGCUCAAAGGAGCUUGUGUCGUCUUCAGAGGGACUCAGCAACCCAGCUACCAAAUCCUGUAGUCAUUUACAACGACUCGGUGAAACAGUUGCUGAGGAAGACACGCGAAGAGCAUCUUCAUGUGGUUCGAAAGGAAAGGGUCAAAGGAGUGUUCCAUCACUGCACCAGAAAUCACCCUGCCGAUGGCACGCCGCCCAGGUUGGUGUCAGGCACAAUCUUGGCAGCAGAAGGAGAUCGUAAUGUCCAAAUUGUUGUCGCUGACGCGAAUAAAAAAGUGAUGGUCUUUGAGUUCAGCCCCACCAAAGGCAUCAUCCUUAAAUGGGAGAAAAGUCAGGAGAUAAGUGCAACCCUGCGGAGCAUGAAAGAACUGAAAGAAGCCCGGAUCCACCAAGAUGGCAAGUUUGUAAUUGUUGUUGACGUCGAGGGAGCCGUCUGUGAGAUAGGAGGGCACCGGAAGUCUAUCAUAUUGAGAAAGGCAGACGUGACGGCCCAGGGUGACCAUUGCCUACCCGCGAAUCAUGGGUAUGACCUCCCGAAGUUUCUCGAACGAAAGGGAGUCAUUCCUUACCAGGUGAUCGGAUUUGUUGAACGGGACACUUUCCUCGUGUCGGGGAUGCAUACUGCGACCAACAAGCCGCUGAUCUUUGUCUCCAGGGGAGGUGACGUCGACUUGAAUAUUAUCCGGCCCGAAAAUGACCGCCCAUCUCGUGUCUGGAUGGACUACGAGGGUUUUAUCUAUUGCGCAAACACCGACGCAAACUCUAUCACGCGGUAUUCGCCCGAUGGAAGAUUUGACCGAGAGAUCCUUUGCGCCUUCGAUCAUUUGUCCCGACCCGUUGACGUAGCCGUAGAUAGGCAGUUUAUGUACGUCACAGAAGAGGAAGGGAAUGUCAAGAUAUUUGGAAGAGUGCCCGGCCAUGUUGCAGCCAUAUCCGAAAAUACUGACAAUUAGUAGUUGGAG